GGGGAGCGGCAGAGCCCAGCAGAGCCCUGCCCACCAGGGGCGUGUCCAGCGCUGGCUCCUCCCCUCGGCAGCGCCUCAAGCGCCAUUGGACGAGGGGGUCAUCGAGGAUGGAGGGAUGGCACAAGAUGGGAUCUGGUGGUUCCUCCUUCCCUUCUGUGUGCUCUCCAGUGCCAGCUACCGAGGCCGGGAGUUCCUCGCCGUGUUCCCACAGAACGAUGAUGAGUCUCCCAGUGCGCACCUCCAGCUGCUGCUCACUUCCUAUGGCCCUGCCGAAACCCAGGUGUCGGUGACGCUUCACGGCGGCUCCAUCACCCAGAACGUCACCCUGGGGCCUGACGUCACCGUGCCCUUGCCCCUCCCUGCUAACCUGGAACUCACUGGAAGCUGCACUUGCCAUAAAACCUUGGUGGUCCGGGCCAGCACUGACAUCUCUGUGGUGGCCGUCAGCACCAAGGGCUACACCGUGGGUGCCACUGCCCUCCUGCCUAUGGAGAGUCUGGGCACCAGGUAUUACGUGGUGACACCCCUUGGGAACAACACGUACGGCCUGACCGAGUUUGUGGUGGCCGCUGGCGCCGCCACCACCGCCGUCAGCAUCACCACCACUGCCACAUUCCACUAUGCUGGGGCCACCUACGUCCCGGGCGCCGUGCUCCGCCUGUUCCUGCAGCCCUACCACAGCUUGCAGCUCCAGAGCAGCCAGGACUUCACUGGCACAGUUGUGGUGGCUGACACCCCUGUGGCUGUCCUCAGUGGCCACACCUGUGUCAAGGUGUCUGCUGGCUUUGACUUUGUGGUGGAGCAGCUCUUCCCAAUGACAGCGUGGGGGAGGAGCUACGUGGUGCCACCCAACCCGCUGCAGACAGACGUUGACUUCGUUUAUGUGGUGACGGAUGAAGACAACACCAUCACCUACAACGCUGGGAGCGGGAAUGCCACUGUGGCUAUGGCGGCAGGGGAGGUACAGACCUUUGUGGUGAACCGUAACUCCCACCUGUACAUCAAUGCAGUGCUGGCAGUGCAGGUGGUGUUUUUCUUCAGCGGGUCGUCUUGGCAAGAUCCCUUCCUCCUUGUUGUCCCACCUGUCAGCGCCCACUGCACUGCGUUCCGCUUCAGCAGCGUGCCCAGCCAGUACAACCAUGCCGUCCUCAUUGCACCCACCACUGCCACUGCCACCACCACCCUCAACCAUCGGCCAGACAAGACCCUGGCAUGGCAGGCCAUUCGUGGCACAGAUUUCUCCUGGGCCAGCAUCACCGUGAGCGCAGCGAUGCAGAGCGCGGAGAACUCGCAGGUGCCUAUUGGCCUCCUGGUGUUUGGGUUCCAGAGUCACACUGGAUACGGCUUCCCUGGGCUCUGUGCUUCCACCCCCAUACCGCUCUCCUGUGAGGAUUUGGUGUGCGAGGAGAGGUGUGAGAUGGUGGAUGGACAACCAGAGUGCAUCCAGGAGACUUUCUCCACCUGUUGGCUCGCUGGUGGGCCACACUACCGGAGUUUUGAUGGAAAAACCUUUGAUUUCAUGGGAACAUGUACCUACACCUUGACCACCAUCUGCAAUCCCGAUCCCACUCUUCCUGCCUUCUCUGUUGAGGUCAAAAAGGAGGAAAAGGAGAACUCCAAAGUUUCCUCCAUCGGCUCCAUCACUAUCCGUGUUGACAACGUCACCGUCACUGCUGUCCAGUCAGAGAAUGGGAUGGUGAGGGUGAACAACCACCGCUCGCGCCUCCCCAUCUCCCUCUCCCAUGGGAAGCUCCGCAUCCACCAGAAGGGUAAAUCCAUGUUGAUGCAAUCACAUUUUAACCUGAAGGUCCUCUACAACUGGGACGAUCAUGUAGUGAUCAAGCUUCCAGCUGCUCUUUCUGGAAAAGUCUGUGGAAUGUGUGGGAACAACAAUGGGGACCCCCGAGAUGAUGCUCUCUCUCCUGAUGGAAAACAGGUGUGGGACAUUGUGGAGCUGGGGAGGAGCUGGAAAGUGACCAGUGAGAGCAGCCACUGCCAGGACAGCUGCGAUGGCGACUGUGGGCGGUGCAGAUGGGACCAGGUGGUGACAUACAGGGCAGAGACCUGGUGUGGGAAGUUGUCUCAACAUUCUGGGCCAUUCCAAUCGUGUCAUGACACUGUCAGUCCCAAUAUCUACAUGAAGAACUGUAUCCAUGACCUGUGUGCCAGUGAGGGGCGUCAUGAUGUGCUGUGCCACGCCCUCCAGAUUUAUGCUGAUGACUGCCUGGAGGAGGGGAUCAGCAUUUCUGAUUGGAGGACGACAGUGGGAUGCCCUCUCACUUGCCCACCCAACAGCACCUACAGCACCUGUGGCCUCACCUGCCUCCCUACCUGCAACAUCCCCGCAGUGUCAUCCAGCUGUGCUGCUGCCACCACCUGCGUGGACACCUGCGUGUGCCACGAGGGCCUUGUCCUCGAUGGCAACACCUGCAUACCCCCCUCUGAAUGUGGCUGUGUCUUUCGGGGUCUCUUCCACGGCCUUGGCGAGGAAUUUUGGGGCGACCUCACUUGCACCCAGCGCUGCGUUUGUGACGCGGAGCAGCGGCAGGCAGUGUGCUGGGAUUCUGGUUGUGGCACCAAGGAGGAAUGCCGAGUGGAGGAGGGGAUCCAGGAUUGUUAUCCCAAAAUUUUUGGGGUCUGCACUGCUGUUGGAGCCACCCACUACAAGAGCUUUGAUGGCAAGAGGUUCAUCUUCCAAGGGACCUGUGUCUACCUGUUGGUUGGGUUAUGUGAGGACACCCCAAAUUUGGUGGGAUUCCAGGUAUUGGUGCAGAAUGGCCACCGGAGUGACAACCUCAUGUCAUCCAUUGCCAUGGUGACAGUCAAAGUCUACAACAAAACCAUCAGCAUCAGCAGGGAACACCCUGGGAAAAUCAUGAUUGAUCAGCAGCUGGUCAAUCUCCCCUAUUACUACAGUGAAAGAAAGAUUGUUGUCUAUCGUGACGGGCAGGACGCAGUGGUAGAGACCAAUUUUGGCCUCAUUGUCACCUACGACUGGUACAGCCACGUCACCGCCACGGUGCCCAGUGGCUUCGCCAACGCCCUGUGUGGGCUCUGUGGGAACUACAAUGGCGCCGCCAGCGAUGACAUGAGGAUGAGGAACAACCAUGUGACAUCAGACCCAGAUGCCUUCGGGAGAAGCUGGAAAGUCACGGAUGCCCCAGGAUGUAGUGAGAGGUCAACAGUGGAAUGUUCCAGCACUGUUGCACCUUCCUGGCUGCUACAGAAAGUAUCUGGGAUGGGGUGUGAAAUUAUUUUGGAAGCAGAUGGACCCUUUAGAGCAUGUCAUGGUCAUGUUGACGCCCACCAGUACUUCCAGAGCUGCAUCCAUGACUCCUGCCUGUUCCCUGAUCAGGAGGAAGGGAUGUGUCCAACCAUUGCCCUCUACGCCAACACGUGCCAGGCUGCUGGUGUGUCCAUUGAGAGGUGGAGGAGAGAUAAUUUCUGCUAUAUUCCCUGUCCUUCCAACAGCUCCUAUGAGCUCUGUUCGCACACCUGCAAGCGCACCUGCGGAGCUGACUCUGCCAUGUGUCCAGGGCGGUGUCGUGAGGGCUGCACAUGUCAGGACGGCUUCAUGCUCAGCGGUGAUGAGUGCGUCCCCACAUCCCACUGUGGCUGCAGCCACCAUGGAGUCUACUACAAAGAGGGGGAGACGUUCUACCCCACAGAGCAGGAGAUGUGCCAGUGCCUCUCUGGUGGCACUGUGAAGUGCCAAAAUACUUCCUGUCCUGCUGGUGGCCCUGGGAAGGUCAUCGAUGGUGUCUUCCAGUGUCCCCUGCAGGUGUCCAGCACCUGUGUGGCCACAGGUGACCGUACCUAUGUCACCUUUGAUGGGAUGGCCUUCAACAUCACUGGUACUUGUUCCUACAUCCUCACUCAGACCUGCACAGGUGACAAUGUGACAUCAUUUAUUGUCACAAUCCAGAAGGAGGCACGGCAGAAGGGGAAGGUCUCUGGGAUACAAGCGUUGUCUGUGGCAGUCUAUGGGGUCACCUUGACCUUGAAACAAGGAAAGGGGGCAGAUGUCAUGGUGGAUUCCAUCUCGCAUCACCUCCCCACCACCCUGAGUGAGGGACAGGUCCAGGUCUAUGUACAUGGGACAGGUGUCCUGCUCCGCACUGACUUCGGCCUCGUUGUCCACUAUGACCUCGUCCAGCACGUGAUGGUCACGGUCCCCCAGACCUACAUGGGGCACCUGUGUGGCCUCUGUGGCAACUACAAUGGCCAACGCAAUGAUGAUUUCCAGCUGUCCAGUGGCCAGCUGGCUCCAGAUGCAACAGCUUUUGGAUCUGCGUGGAAAACAAUGGAUACACCUUGCAAUGACAGCUGUCCCAAGGAUGAGUGUCCCACCUGCACAGAGGAGAAAGUGGCAGUCCUCCAGAAACCCAACUACUGUGGCCUUCUCACGGCCCCCGAAGGUCCCUUUGGCUCCUGCCAUCGCAUGAUCGACCCCAUCCCAUAUUCCCAAUCCUGCAUCCAUGACCUCUGUAUGACGGGAGGGGACACACGUGUCCUGUGCCAGAAUAUCCAGAGCUAUGUUACCAUGUGCCAAGAUGCUGGAGUAACUGUGGGGGCUUGGAGGACACCAUCUUUCUGCCCCCUCACCUGCCCGGCCAACAGCACCUACUCCCUUUGCACCAACACCUGUGCCAACACCUGUGCCGGAAAUGCCACCACCUGUCCCCAAACCUGCACUGAGGGCUGCCAGUGCCACCAGGGCUUUGUCUUUGAUGGACACAGAUGCAUUCCCAAGGAGCACUGCGGAUGCUUUCGGGAUGGAGAAUACUAUAAGCCCCAUGAGAUGCUUUUCAGGGAUCGCUGCCAGCGCCGUUGCACCUGUGUCCCAGGCGAGGGCCUUACCUGCCAUGAGCACACUUGCACUGAGGAUGAGUCUUGUGAAAUCCAGGAAGGGGUCUUAGGAUGCAUCAAUAAAAACCCCUGCAAGUCCCUGCAGUGCCGCCCCAAGGAGCGCUGCCGGCCCCGCGGUGCCCAAUCCCGCUGCGUCCCAGCCCUGGUCGCCACGUGCUGGGCAUGGGGUGACCCACACUUCCGCACUUUCGACGGCCUUGACUUUGACUUCCAAGGAACCUGCACCUACACCAUGGCCGAAUCCCAUGGGAAUGACCCCGGGCUGGUGCCCUUCAGGGUUGAGGCCAAGAACGACAUCCGUGGCGGGAUCCAAUCUAUGUCCUACGUCUCCUUGGUCAAUGUUGACGUCUAUGGACAACGCAUCUCCUUCCGCCAGAACGAAGACGGAAAAGUCCGGGUGAAUGGGGAGGUGACUCUGCUCCCAGUGCUCCUGGCAGAUGGGAAGGUGCGGGUCCGUCCCAGUGGGCUCCGUGUUGCUCUGGAGACAGAUUUUGGUCUCCGAGUCUCCUAUGACUGGAACUGGCACCUCCUGAUUGACCUCCCCAGCAGCUACUUCCGCCAUGUCCGCGGCCUUUGCGGGAAUUUCAACCUCAAGCCCCUCGACGACAUCCCUGAGGCUGGUGACAACACCACUGCCAUUGUCACAUGGGCCAAAAGCUGGAAAAGUGCUGACUCUGAGGCCAACGACCCAAUUUGUUGGGAUUAUUGUGAUGGAGCGUGUCCAGUGUGUGAUGAGGAGAAGAAGGAGCUUUAUGGUGGGAGCCACUAUUGUGGGAUCAUCAAAAAAUCCUUCCAGGGACCCUUCAGAGCAUGUCACAACAUAGUGAAGCCUCAUGAUUUCUAUCGCAACUGCCUGUUGGACCUGUGCCUGAGCAAUGGGGCGAGGUCGAUCCUCUGCCAGGUGCUGGAGACAUACGCGGCAACGUGUCGGAAACACGGAGCCAUGGUCCAUGACUGGAGGACACCAUCAGGAUGCCCCUUACCUUGCCCUGAAAACAGCCACUAUGAGCCCUGUGGCAGCGCCUGUCCAGCCACCUGCUCUGACUGGGACAAUCCAGCCAUCUGUGACCAGCCCUGCGUGGAGACCUGUGCCUGUAACACCGGCCACGUGCUCAGUGGCGGACAGUGCGUGCCAGUGUCCCACUGUGGCUGCACCCGUGAUGGCCGCUACUACCGGCCUGGCGAGGAGUUUUGGGGUGAUAACACCUGUCGCUCCAGGUGCAGGUGUGACAUGGAGCUGGGAAUGGUGGUGUGCGAGGACUCCGGCUGUAAGCCGGGUGAGGUGUGCACAGUGGUGAAGGGCGUGCGGCGGUGCGUGGCCAACAGCCGCUCCAUCUGUGUGGCCACUGGUGACCCCCACUAUACCACUUUUGAUGGGCGUCGCUACGACUUCAUGGGUACCUGUGUCUACCUGUUGGCUGGGCUCUGCUCCACUGACUCCACACUCAUUCCCUUUGCUGUCACUGUGGAGAACAAUCACCGUGGCAGCCACCUGGUCUCCUUCACCAAGGUGGUCACCAUGGAGGUGUACAACAUGACCCUCAGCCUCAGCCAGGAACAUCCCCGGAAAGUCAAGGUUAAUGGUGUCCUAUUGGACCUUCCUUUCACCCACAACCAGCAGCUCCAGGUGUCCCUCCGUGGCGUCCACGGCUUCAUCACCACUGAUGCGGGUGUUACUGUCACCUUUGACUGGUACAGCUACGCCCGUGUCAUCAUCCCCAACACCUACGCCGGCGCCGUCUGCGGCCUCUGCGGCAACGCCAACGGCGACCCCCGUGAUGACUUUGUCACCCGCGAUGGCCGCAGUGCUGACAACGAGACCCACCUGGGGGACAGCUGGAAGGUCGGCGAGGUCCCUGGGUGCUCAGCUGGGUGCAGUGAGGGCUGCCAGGUGUGCAGCGACGCCCAGAAACGUGCCUACCGUGGGGACAAGCACUGCGGGCUGCUGGGGAAGAAACGGGGGCCCUUUGCCGCCUGCCAUGACAUCAUCGACCCCGCCCCUUACCUGGAUGACUGUCUCUUUGACGCCUGCCUGUACGAGGGACACCAGGACACCGUGUGCCAGGCCAUUGCCGCCUAUGUCGCUGCGUGCCAGAGCCAGGGCGCUGCUGUGCGGCCAUGGCGCACACCGGCCUUCUGCAGCCCCGUGUGCCCCCCAAAUCAGCACUAUGAGCUCUGCGGCUCCCCCUGCCCCCCCACCUGCCAAGGCAAAGCUGGAUCUCAGGACUGCUCUGAUGCCUCCACGUGCUCUGAAGGUUGUUUCUGCGAUGCCGGAUUUUUCCGGAGCGGGGAUGACUGCGUGCCCCUCCCCCAGUGUGGCUGUGUUUUGGAGGGCCGCUACUACCCCCAGGGCGUGCAGUUUUACCCUGAGCCCCCCUGCACUCAGCGCUGUGUCUGCUCUGAAAAUGGGGGGCUGGAGUGUCACCCCGCUCCAGGCUGCUCUAGUGACGAGGAAUGCUCAGUGCAGGAUGGGGUGCUGGGGUGCCACCCCCGCACCUGCCGACAGUGCCAGGUUUUGGGGGCAGGGGCUUACAGCACCUUCGAUGGGCACCUGGGGUAUUUGGGGGGGUCCUGCACCCUCCUGCUGCUGCAGUUGGAGAGGGGUGAGCCUGAAGAAGAGCUGGAGCCUGUUACUGUGGCCGUGGAGCAGGAGGACAUGCAAGUGCAGCGGGUGACGGUGACGGCACACGGGGUGACUGUGGUGAUGGACAGGGGACAGCAGUGGGAGGUGACGGUGGAUGGCGAGCGUCACUUGCUGCCGCUGUGGCUGCGUGGGGACGCGGUGGGGGUGGCGCAGGUGGGGUCCCACCGGCUGCUCCAGGUCCAGGGGGGCCCCAAAAUCCUCUAUGACGGCAACGCGUACGUGGUGCUGACGCUGCCCCCCCCAUCCCGCCGCCCCCGGGGGCUCUGCGGCAACUUCAACGGGGACCCCAACGACGACGACGACCCCGCCGGGGAGGCCCUGGGCAGCUCCCCCCCAAACUGCACCCACCUGGCGCCCGCCCCCAGCUGCUCCCCGGCCCAGGCGCGGCGCUGCGCGGUGCUGGCGGACCCCGAGGGACCCUUUGCGGGCUGUCACGGGGCGGUGCCGCCCCGCACGUACCUGCUGACCUGCGAGCGCCAGGUGUGCGGGGCAGGCGGCGACCCCUGCCCCGGCUUUCAGGGCUACGCAGCCGCGUGCCAGGCUGCCGGAGGCGCGCUCCGGGAGUGGCGGGAGGCCGCGGGUUGCCCUCUCACCUGCCCCCCCAAGAGCCACUACCAGCUGUGUGCCCGCACCUGUGAGCACACCUGUGCCGGUGUGUCGGCUCCGCCCCCCUGCAGCGAGCGCUGCUUUGAGGGGUGUCAGUGCGCCCAGGGGCUGCUGUUCGAUGGGGCCCGCUGCGUCCUCCCAGGGACCUGCGGCUGCCUCCACCAGGGGCGCUACUUCCAGAUUGCUGAGACCAUCCUGACUGCUGACUGCUCCCAAUCCUGCACCUGUCGGGGGCCCGGGGGCCUCCAGUGCCGCCCCUUCACUUGUCCCUUCAGCCACACCUGCGGCCUCCGUGAUGGCACCCGCACCUGCAUUGCGCACCCAGGGCGCUGUGCCCUGUCCCCUGCCACUCGCUUUGUCACCUUUGACGGCGUCACUGGGGCCACCCUGGCCCCCGGCAUCUAUGUGGUGGCCAGCGUGUGCGACCCCCGGGACCCUGCAUGGUUCCGGCUGCUGGGGGACAUCAGGGACAUUGGGGACCAGCCGGCAGUGGUGGCACUUCACCUCUUCACCCCCCACAGCCUCAUCACCGUGCGGAGGAACAGGAAGGUUUGGCUCAACGGAGUCCCUACCCCCCUGCCCUUGGAGCUCCCGGGACCAUUGACCAUCAUGGAAAUGCAGGCGACCCUCCGGAUCAGCCGAACCCCGGGAUUUCUGGUGGAAUUGGGUGCCAGGGGGGUGACAGUGGAGGUGCCCAGGGAAGCACGGGCGACGCUCUGUGGCCUCUGCGGCGACUACGACGGUGCCACCAGCAAUGACCUGCGAGGGCCCGACGGGACGGCGACGAGCGACGCGCGGGCACUGGCCGAGGCCUGGCGGGCGCCUGACUUCACCCAGUGAUGUGGAAAAUUGACAUUUCACCUGGGUGGCCGUGCCCCAUCGCUGACAUCAUCCUCAAACCGCCUCAGAUCCGGAAAACCCGGAUUUUUAUAAGCCCCAAACCUGUGCUUUCGCCCCCAAAAUAAAACCUGG